AAACCAAAUGUGGAACUGAAAAGCAGUCAGGAGCAGUCUGUGUCUACAGAAGGUCCAGUGAUUUUAAAUGACUACAAUUUAACCAAACCUAAUGAGACAGAAAAUGUGGACAGUGCAGAAUGCCCAACUAAUGAAGAUGAAGAUAUGGAAGCAAGUGCGGAGGCAAGACACAUCAAAGCAGAGAUGGGAAGUGAAAGAGCGCUGGUUCUGGACAGAUUAGCAAGCAAUGUGGCAAAACGAAAAAGCUCAAUGCCUCAGAAAUUCAUUGGUGAGAAGCGCCACUGCUUUGAUGUCAACUAUAAUCCCAGCUACAUGUAUGAGAAAGAGAGUGAGAUAAUACAAACCCGGAUGAUGGACCAAGCCAUCAAUAAUGCCAUCAGCUAUCUCGGUGCCGAAGCACUGCGCCCUUUAGUCCAGACACCGCCUGCUCCCACCUCGGAGAUGGUUCCAGUUAUCAGCAGCAUGUAUCCCAUAGCCCUCACCCGUGCCGAGAUGCCGAAUGGUGCCGUCCAGGACCUGGAAAAGAAGCACAUCCACCUGCCAGAGAAGAGCCUGCCUUCUGAAAGAGGCCUCUCCCCCAACAACAGUGGCCAUGACUCCACAGACACUGACAGCAACCAUGAAGAACGCCAGAACCACAUCUACCAGCAGAAUCACCUGGUUCCUCCUCGGGCCCGCAAUGGGAUACCACUUCUGAAAGAGAUACCCCGCUCUUAUGAGCUCCUCAAGCCCCCACCCAUCUGCCCACGAGACUCCAUCAAAGUGAUCAACAAAGAAGGGGAGAUGAUGGAUGUGUAUCGGUGUGACCACUGUCGAGUCCUCUUUCUGGAUUAUGUGAUGUUCACCAUUCACAUGGGUUGCCACGGCUUUCGUGAUCCUUUUGAGUGUAACAUGUGUGGGUAUCGAAGCCAUGAUCGGUAUGAGUUUUCGUCUCAUAUAGCCCGAGGAGAACACAGAGCCAUGCUAAAGUGA